AUGUCAAUAUGUCAGGAUCUCGGCCUUAAUUUCCAACAGAGAAUGGGCGCAACCGCAUCACAGUUGGAGAAAGAUAUUGGAUCUGAGCAGUUCCCACCUAAUGAACAUUAUUUUGGCUUAGUUAAUUUUGGAAAUACAUGCUACAGUAAUUCUGUACUUCAGGCAUUAUAUUUCUGUCGCCCAUUCAGGGAAAAGGUUUUGGAAUACAAGGCAAAAAAUAAAAGAACUAAAGAAACAUUGUUGACAUGCUUAGCAGAUUUAUUUUAUAGUAUUGCAACACAGAAGAAGAAAGUUGGUUCAAUAGCUCCUAAAAAGUUCAUUGCUAGACUGAGAAAAGAAAAAGAAGAAUUUGACAACUAUAUGCAGCAGGAUGCACACGAGUUUCUAAAUUUUCUCAUUAAUCAUAUAAAUGAAAUAAUUUUGGCUGAACGCAAUCAAAGCACGUUAAAACUACAAAAGACGGCUGGAUCGGGUGAGAGUGUUACGUGUAAUGGCACAGUUCCACAGAGCAGUGAGCCCACAUGGGUUCACGAAAUUUUUCAGGGUACCCUCACAAGUGAGACACGAUGCCUCAACUGUGAGACAGUUAGCAGUAAAGAUGAGCAUUUCUUUGAUUUACAGGUGGAUGUUGACCAAAAUACCAGUAUUACACAUUGCCUGAAAUGCUUCAGUGACACAGAGACCCUGUGCAAUGAUAAUAAAUUUAAAUGUGACAACUGCAGUAGCUACCAAGAAGCUCAGAAGCGGAUGCGAGUGAAGAAACUACCCCUCAUCUUGGCCUUGCAUUUGAAGAGAUUCAAAUAUAUGGAACAAUAUAACAGGCACAUCAAAGUGUCACACAGAGUUGUAUUUCCAUUAGAGCUGAGGUUAUUCAAUACGUCAGAUGACGCCGUGAAUCCUGAUCGUCUCUAUGACCUGGUUGCAGUUGUGGUUCACUGCGGCUCAGGACCAAAUCGUGGCCACUACAUCAGUAUUGUCAAAAGUCAUGGAUUUUGGUUACUCUUUGAUGAUGACAUGGUUGAUAAAAUCGACGCGUCUGCCAUUGAAGAUUUUUAUGGCCUAACUUCUGAUAUACAGAAAUCGUCCGAAACUGGAUAUAUACUAUUUUAUCAGUCUAGAGAAGCUAGCUGUUAA